AUGACAGACAAAUGCGGGGACCAUCCAUUUGUGGAUGUCAGCAAGAAUCCGUUUCCUGGUGAACUAAAAACGUUCCCAAGUUGGGAACUAGGUGUUAAGAUAACCAUUGUGGCGAGCAUGGAGCUGAUAGCUAUUGUAGGUAACUUACUUAUCAUCGUGAUCGUUUGGCGGAACAAGAAGAUGAGAACAGUUACCAAUUAUUACAUCGUCAACAUGGCGGUGUCCGACCUGUUCGUUGCCUCAUUCUCCAUAUGGAUGCACCUCGUGGACGACGUGACCGAGGGCUGGACCGUCGGCGGGUUUAUGUGUAAAUUCAACCCAUUCGUCCAAAUUACUGCGAUGUGUGCUAGUGUGUUUACACUGAUGGCGCUGGCUUGUGACAGAUUUUUUGCCAUCAUGUUCCCACUGAAGUCGAGAGUGACCCAGCGCAAAGUCAGUGUUGUUGCAGUAUUCGUAUGGCUGGCCGCCAUCUCGAUCGGCAUGCCUGUGCUUUUCGUGUACACUUACAAUGAACGCCAGUGGAGCGACUUCACGGAGAAGUUCUGUACGGAUGUCUGGCCUUCUGUGCGCGAGGCGGACGGAGACUGUGACAGUGGACGUCGGUCUCGUCGCGCCUUCUGGACAUGUGUCGUUGUUGUACUCAACUGGAUUCCAAUGCUCGUCAUGGCAAUAACGUACAGCAUCCUUUUUAUAAGACUCCGCAAGCAGAAAAUAGUACCAAGUAGUGGGUCAAUUUCAAUAUCAACAGUUCAACAAAAGUCAAAGAAAAAGGUGGUGAAGAUGUUAUUCGCAGUCCUCCUGGCGUUCAUAGUCUGCACGAUUCCUUUCCAAGUGGCGAAGUUGUAUGAGCUGUACAGAGAGGUGGAGGAUCAAACGGGCAACAGCAAGUUACCAGAUUGGUACAAUCCUGUGUAUUUCGCCGCCGUCACGCUCCUUUAUUCCAACAGUGCUAUUAAUCCAAUGGUGUACGGUGGUAUGAACGAAAACUUCCGUAAGGGCCUCAAAGACACUAUCAGUGGUUUAUUUUCUAAGCAUGAACGAAGCAGGAGUGACUCAGGCCGGAGCCUUAACAUCUCCGACACUAGACAAUCUGUGAUCAGUAAAUACAAUGGCACCAUGCACAGAGAUUCAAUGCAAGCGUUUAGUAACGCGGAAUUUAAAGAAGAAUCUGUCGAUUCGGAUAAAGUGAACGGUUUUCUUCAGAAGGAAAGUGAUAACAAUACUUCAAAUGGGUGCAUUAACCCAUCAAUGGAAACAUAG